CCAACGGUCAGAUUCUAACAAGGCACUCUUCAAAAGCCACACUUCUCUUGAUCUCUCUAUCUCGCUGACUCUCUGCGUAGGAAGUGUAUGAACAAAUCAGAGGAAGAAAGAGAGAAGGAGAAGGAAAAAAAGCAAAAAUGAUGUUAUUUUCAAUUCAACGAGUGAGAAAUCUGAGGGCCUUUUGUCCUCAGAUCCAUGCUCUGAGGAGCUCUCAUUUUUCUACUGCUGCUCAGCCUUCUUCCAGCCAGAGAAAACCUCUGAGGGUUCCAAAUUUUAUUGGGGGGACAUUUGUUGAUUCACAAUCAUCUUCAACCAUUGAUGUGAUAAACCCUGCAACACAAGAAGUUGUAUCUCAAGUUCCUUUGACUACAGAUGAAGAGUUCAGAGAUGCAGUGUCUGCUGCAAAGCAGGCUUUUCCAUCUUGGCGUAACACACCAGUUACGACUCGCCAACGCAUUAUGUUUAAGCUUCAGGAGCUUAUUCGUAGAGACAUUGAUAAGCUUGCGAUGAAUAUUACGGCUGAACAGGGGAAGACUUUGAAGGAUGCACAUGGUGAUGUGUUCCGUGGGCUUGAGGUUGUAGAACAUGCUUGUGGAAUGGCAACUCUGCAAAUGGGCGAGUACGUCCCUAAUGUGUCAAAUGGAAUUGAUACCUAUAGCAUUAGAGAGCCACUUGGUGUGUGUGCUGGGAUUUGCCCUUUCAAUUUUCCUGCAAUGAUUCCAUUAUGGAUGUUCCCUCUUGCAGUUACAUGUGGUAAUACCUUUCUCUUAAAGCCAUCAGAGAAAGAUCCAGGGGCCUCUAUAAUGCUCGCAGAGUUAGCAGUGGAAGCUGGUCUGCCUAAUGGUGUCUUAAACAUUGUUCAUGGUACCAAUGAUAUUGUUAAUGCUAUUUGCGAUGAUGAUGACAUCAAAGCUGUAUCUUUUGUUGGUUCCAAUACUGCUGGCAUGCACAUAUAUGCAAGAGCAUCAGCUAAAGGGAAACGUGUUCAGUCCAACAUGGGAGCCAAGAAUCAUGCGAUUGUCUUGCCUGAUGCAAACGUGGAUGCUGCUUUAAAUGCCCUAGUUGCCGCUGGUUUUGGCGCUGCUGGACAACGGUGCAUGGCAUUGAGCACAGUGGUUUUCGUUGGAGAUUCACAAUCCUGGGAGAAGAAACUGGUGGAACGUGCAAAAGCUCUGAAAGUAAAUGCUGGAACAGUGCCCGAUGCAGAUUUGGGUCCAGUGAUUAGCAAACAGGCCAAGGAACGAAUACACAGAUUAAUUCAAAGUGGUAUCGAAAGUGGAGCCAAACUACUGCUUGAUGGAAGAAAUAUAGUGGUUCCGGGGUAUGAGCAGGGUAAUUUUAUUGCUCCUACUAUCUUAUCAGAGGUCACAGCUGAUAUGGAGUGUUACAAGGAGGAAAUCUUUGGGCCAGUUCUUCUAUGCAUGAAGGCUGAAAGCUUUGAAGAAGCGAUUGACAUUGUCAACAGGAAUAAAUAUGGCAAUGGAGCUGCCAUAUUUACUACGUCUGGUGCAGCCUCAAGGAAAUUCCAGACUGAGAUAGAGGCUGGACAGGUUGGAAUCAAUGUUCCUAUACCAGUUCCAUUGCCCUUUUUCUCAUUUACUGGUUCCAAGGCAUCUUUUACAGGAGAUCUCAAUUUCUAUGGAAAGGCUGGAGUAAACUUUUUCACCCAAAUCAAAACAAUAACUCAACAAUGGAAGGAUUUGCCUGCUGGCAGUGGAGUUUCCUUGGCAAUGCCAACAUCACAGAAGAUUUAGUUUUUUUGUUCUCUUGCUUCCUGGUAGCUAAUUCUACAGGAAGAUCCGAGAAAAGUAAAACCAGUAAGUGACCACUUUCUGGGUAUCUGAGAUCGAAUUGUUCUCAAGUGCUUGAAUGGAAGCACAUC